AUGUACUUUAAAAGUAAAACAACUGAAAGAAAAAUUUAUGUGAGAUGCAAGGAAUAUAAGAGUGGAUGUCCAGCAACAGGAUCGAUAUCGGUAAAUUUAAAUGACAAUGCAUUUUUCAUCAAGAAGCGACAUAAUCAUAGAGUAAGGAGAGAUGAGACAUCCAUGAGGGAAUUACGGAACAUUCUUGCAGAACAGUGUGUAGCUCAUAGUCCUACACCUUAUUCAGCUAAAGCAUUAUACAUGCAAGCAAUUAAAAUUUGUCCAGAAGGAGCAUACAAUUAUACAUACCUCCAAGCCACAGAGAGAAUGCGCCAAAUUAGAAAAUCCAUAUUCCCCCCAACUCCAAGGAAUCUUUUACACCUCCAUCAACUUUUACAAAUUAAUGAAAACCGACACUUUACCCUCACAUUCCAGGCACAACCAAAUCUAUUCUAUCAGGGGCCAUUGAUGGUAAAUGGAAUGUUAGUUGGAUUAGUCUUUUGUAACACAAGUUUUAUUCAGGACAUAGCUGUUGAGUUACAAAACAUCACAGUAGCCGGAUGUGAUGGUACAUUCAAGACUGUCCCAAAGACCAUAGAUAAUGAUUGCUACCAACUAUUUACGUUUCAAAUAGUGUACAAAAAUGUUAGCUAUCCUCUGGUAUAUGCGCUUCUAAAUGGAAAGUCUGAAGCAAUAUAUACUGCAUUAUUUGCACGUAUCAAAGAUAUGAUACCCCUGCAAUACCAAAAUCUAAUGAUUAUAACAGAUUAUGAAAUUGGGCAAAUCAAGGCAAUACAGUAUGUAUUUAGAGAAAUAACUCACCAGGGCUGCUAUUUCCAUUAUUGUCAGGCGAUUCUACGGUAUGCCAGAAACAAGUCGAUCGGUGUUUACAAUUUAGUAAAAAUAAACCCUGUUGCUGCUCGUGUUUUCCGGAUGAUACUUGCACUACCAUACCUUCCGUCUGAAAGAAUUGGCAGAGUUCCUUCGGUGGUUGAUGGUGUUAAUGCCAUAAUUGUAUUCAUAGUGCAGUAUGAAGAUGUUGCUUUGGCGUACCACCGAUUUAUUUAUGAAUACAUUAUUCCUUUUUGGAUUCAUUCCAUAACUCCUAAAAGAUUUACGGUAUAUAAUCGCGAUAUUAGGACAAAUAAUUAUUUAGAAAGUUACCAUGCCGUACUCUUAAAAAUCAUAAGGCCUCAUCCAAAAAUAUGGGAAUUUAUUGACCAGUUGAGGUAUUUAGAAAAUACUUGCGAAGUGGAAUUUAAACAAGCCUCAAAUAAUCUGAAGGCAAGUUUCAUAGUUGAUAUCUAUUAUAACUGGACUCUAGACGUCCAGUAUUUCAGUGUCCAGAACUUUAGAUCUCCAUACCAAAUAAUUUAA